AUGAGGUGCAAGAAACAUACCUUAGACCUUAGCAGUACCGUCGGGGUCUGCGCCUCCUGUCUCAGGGAACGCCUCAUAGCCCUCGUUGCCGCGCAGGCCCAGGCCCAGCUCCAUCAUCCUCAGGCCCAAUUCACGCGAGUCAUCUCACGCGCCUCCGACGAUUGUUCCAGAACCUCAGACCCCAACCCUCCCCCUCCCUUAAUUUUCCCUCGCUCCGUCUCGCCCUACGUCUCUCGCCGGAAGUCCGACUACGCCGCCGCCUGGCAGGGCUGCGACGACCGCCGCGAGCGUCUCUUCUACAGCACUCCGCAGCUCGGUCCCACCUUCUGCGGCGGUGAUUCCGCCUACCACGGCGACUCGCGGUCGUUCAAGAAACGCCUGAACAAGUUCCGCAUAUUCGCGAGGCUCUUCCGGUCCAGAUCGGAUAAGUUUCAAUCCGAUCCGUCCUGCGAGCAAUCCUCGUACGCGUCGCCGUCGUGGUUCUCCUCGCUUUUCCCUGCUCGCCGGAGAAACAAGGAUCGGGCCGGCGCGCCGGAGGAGUAUUCCUCGGCCGCGCGUCGGCGGUUUCGCCCGUCGGAUCGCGGAAUGUCGCCCGUGAGGACCGAGGAUUUCGGCGACGAGUGCGAUCAGUCGCCGUCUGGAAGCGGAUACAUCUCGGAGGCCUCGCCGUGGUGGCGGAGGACUCCGACGGUCGCGCCUUCGGCUCGACGAUCGCGGUUUGGACACACAAAGAGCGCGUCCGGUUCUGGUAUGGCGCUUUGCCUUAGUCCUCUGGUUCGGGCGAGUCCGAACCGGAGGUGGAACCACAAGGGAUUUCCGCCGGAGAUGGCCGCGGCGGCAGACGCCAGGGCCGCAGCAGCGAAGCCUCACCUCUCCGCCGCGGCGUCGUUUUGCGCUAACCGUUCCAGGAAGCUUGCAGAUUUUGGACGAGUCAACCACAAUCGUUGA